UAGAUUUGUAAAUGGAGAGCACCGCGUUCACAUCACGGUUCAAAUGCGGGUUGAGUCCAGACACAUGACUUGUGUUCCGUAGACCGCGUCUGCACCUAAUUCACGGAUACAUGCUGUUUAUCAAACUAACUAGCCGCGCACACGUGCUGUGCUGUUUCUGCUCCUUCCCAAAUAUAAAACUACAGCCUUGCCAAAGGAACGGUUAACUUACAUCUGACCCAUUUGUUUUGCUGUUAUGAGCCGCCUCAGGACUGCAGUUACACACACAGGCACUGAACAGUGUUGAAUCAUCUGAGGCCACACUCUUCACUGAAGCUGAACCCUGCUGUACCUCAUGAGUUUUGUGGAGUACUCCGAGAUAAUCCAAGAAGGGGAUGUGGUCAUUAUCUUCCUGGGUCAUGAGUCCAUGAUGCCUGUUAUGGUUCAGUCAGGAGCUCAGACGCAGACCCGCUAUGGGGUCAUCCGGCACUCCGGCGACCUGAUCGGACAGCGGUUUGGGUCCAAAGUGACCUGCAGUAAGGGUGGUUGGGUUUAUGUGCUUCACCCCACACCAGAGCUGUGGACUGUCAACCUUCCCCACCGAACACAGAUCCUCUACACCACAGACAUCGCCAACAUCACACUGAUGCUGGAGCUCAAACCAGGCUCUGUCGUCUGUGAGUCAGGUACAGGCAGCGGCUCUCUGUCUCACUCUAUUCUGCGGACCAUUGCUCCCACCGGCCACCUGCACACAGUGGAGUUCCACGCUCAGCGAGCUGAAAAGGCCAUCCAGGAGUUCAAGGAGCACAAGGUGUCUCACCUGGUUACUGUUAGAAACCAGGAUGUGUGCAAGGAUGGCUUUGGCAUCACAGGAAUAGCCGAUGCUGUGUUUUUAGACAUCCCCUCUCCAUGGGAGGCAAUCACACAUGCCAAGAGCGCCAUUAAACGCAAAGGAGGUCGUAUCUGUUCCUUCUCGCCAUGUAUAGAGCAGGUCCAGAGGACUUGUGAGGCAUUAUUGGACCAUGGCUUUGAGGAGAUCUGCACACUGGAGGUUCUGCUCCGGGUGCAAGAUGUUCGUACUGUCACUCUGCCCUUACCAGACUUCGGACCAGAGGAGGACUCCAGCAGCAGCCAGGUGGCUUCAGAUCUUAGUCAAGAUGAAGUCCAAAACUCUGGGAACACCUCUGUGAUCUGUAGGACUGCCACACCUCCCAGAGAAAUGGCAGGACACACAGGAUACCUCACCUUUGCUACCAAACCAUGUGACUAGAGGCAUAAUUGAAGCUGAUGGAGACUGUUGUAGAGUCAAAAGGGAUACUCCACCCCAAAAUGAAAAUUUUGUCAUUAAUCAUUUACCCCCAUGUCGUUCCAAACCCAUAAAUGUUUAGUUCGUCUUCGGAACAAAAUGUAAGAUAUUUUGGAUGAAAACCGGGAGGCUUGAGACUGUCUCAUAGAUUGCCAAGUAAAUAACAGUGUCAAGGUCCAGUAAGGUAUGAAAAGCAUCGUCAUAAUAGUCCAUCACCCAUCAGUGUUUCAACCGUAACAUUAUGAAACGACGAGAAUACUGUUUGUUAGCGAAGAAAACAAAAAUGUAUUCAACAAUUCCUUUGUCAACAGUCUUCUCUGUGUCUUUCCACAUCACUCAAACUGCCUAUGCUCUUCUGUGUCAGCCGCGCCACAAGGAUUUCUUCAAGGUUUCUAUGUGUAUUUAGGCUUUUAUUUGAAAGAAAACAGUGCAUCCUUGUGGUGUGGCUGAACAGAAGGCAGUUUGUGUAGGUAGUUUGAGUGAUGUGGAGAGACACAGAGGAGACUUUCGACAAAGGAAUUGUUGAAUAAAGCCGUUAUUUUUGUUUUCACUUACAAACAGUAUUCUUGUUGCUUCGUAACGUAACAGUUGAACCACUGAUGGCAGAUGGACUAUUCUGAUGAUGCUUUUCAUACUUUUCUGGACUUUGACAGUGUAACUAACUUAGCAGUCUAUGGGACAGUCUCAAGUUUUCAUCUAAAAUAUCUUAGAUUUUGUUCUGAAGACGAACGAAGCUUUUACGGGUUUGGAACGACAUGGAGGUAAGUGAUUAAUGACAAAAUGUUCAUUUUGGGGUGGAAUAUUCCUUUAAGAAUAAAUGCAGACUCUCUAAAUAUCUUGAAUGUAAGGACGUCACCUGAGCACACCUUUGUAUAGUCUUUUUUUUGUUUUGUUUUUUAGCUUUAUUUCGAUAUAAAAAGAACAGUUAAUAGCUAGAUGGGCUUUUACAUUAAUUUAUAAGUUCAUGCUAUUUAAAAAUUCAGUACAGGUUGAUACUCCUUGUUAUUUGUUUGCCAUUUUUUUUUUUUUUUUUUUAGUAGUAGAAAAGAUGUUUUACUACAAUAAAUUAUUUUGGAAUGGAGAAAAAACAUAUCUUCAUAGUUUCUUUCUCUUGUGCUGUUUGCAUGGCAGCUUUGUAUGACUGUCAGCUGCUGAAUGCAGCUAGGACACAGAUAUCUGUCCCCUCAUAGAGAACACAAGAUAGUGACUUGGAAAUUUAUGCUCCCCAUGACGUGUUUUAUUUUAGAGCAGAAUGUCAGACAACAUCAUGAAAGCUUUGAUUGUGGGGUUUCCAUUUGUGUUCAUUUAUGUGGUGAUAGCAGUGUCUUUCCACUGGUGCUCUCAAUUCAAUGCUGUUACGGCCUGUUUUGUAUCUGUUGUGUAUGUUACUUUCUUGUAUGUGGAAUGUAAGAUACUGAAGAACAAUGUGCCAACAUCUGGUACAUGUUAUAUCUGAAAUUAUCUGCUAAGAGAUCUUCUAUUUAUGUCUCCAUAAAAGGUGUUCCUUCUGCAAUCUGA